UGGCCCAAAGUGUUUAAGCGCUUGACGUGUGCUCUGUGUUCAACGCAAAGGAUCUUAAUGUGAUAUCGAUUAACAUUUUGUUAAAACUAUUUUUUUUUGCAUAAGUGCAUAAGUGUUUUUUUGUUUGUUUUUUGUGCCCUCUUCCAAUACCCCACAUGAGGAUCCAACGGGAUUUUCUGUUGGGCUUGCUCGGAGUGCUCGGCUUUUGUCUAGGGGUCAAUGCAAAGGCUGUGGGCGGCGAGCCACAAGGCAAUGAAAUACAGACGAAUGGCAAGAGUGAAGCGCAGGAUCGCAUUGGUCAUGGCUUCGGUCUAGGUCUUGGCUUGGGCGGAGGCAUUAUUGAUGCGGAUGUUCAUGAGCAUCAUAUACACGAGCAUCAUGAGCACCACGAGCAUCAUGAUCCGGGCUAUUGGAAGAAGAAGGUGACUUGGAAGGAGGGCUGGAAGAAGAUUUGGAAUCCAGCGAAGAAACAAAUUUGGAAUCCAUCUUGGAAAAAGAUUUACAAGCCGCAUUGGGUGAAAGUUCCAGGCUGGAAAGAAAUUCAAGUGCCUGCUUGGAAGCAAGUUUGGGUUCCACACUGGAAAGAGAUAUUCGUGCCAGCUUGGAAGGAUAUUCAAGUGCCUGACUGGAAACAAAUCUGGACGCCCGAACUAGUCAAGGUUGGCAUACCCGGUGAAAAGUAUUUGGGCAAGGAUCACGAGGGCUGGGAAUAUACGAGUCAUGAUUUAUGGAAGAAGAAGGUUGUGUGGAAGUCGCACUGGAAAAAGAUCUGGAAGCCAGCUAAGAAACAGAUUUGGGUGCCCGAGAAGAAACUGGAAUGGAAAGAAGCAUGGAAGCAAUAUUGGAAGCCAGCCAAAAAGCAAAUCUGGAAUGAUAAACUGGAGUGGAAGGAAGCCUGGAAGCAAAUUUGGGUGCCCGGCUUCAAGGAAAUUUGGGUGCCUGGCUGGAAGAAGAUCUGGAAGCCAGUUGUCAUUAGCGAAUGGUUCCCCUCACCCGAUCACCACGAUCAUCAUCAUCAUCACGAACCGUCCUGGGACUGGGAUCGCAAGGACAAAGACAAAGGCAAAGUUGUAUGGAAACGCGAUGAUACCAAAGGCUCCGAAGCCAAGACAACGCAACUGCAGGCGGUGCCAAGCGCAGAUUUUGCAGCUCCAAAGCAAACUGCGACCACAUCGCAGUCCUUUAAAUUUCCAGGCGCGUAAUUGUCAAUAAGUCACUUCACUUAACUGCCAUGAAAGCCCCCAUAAUUUAAGCUUUAUCCCUUAGUUUGUAUACAAUGCUCAGCUCGACAGUGUGCCCUGUAAAUUCCUCAUAAGUGGGGUUUUCUAUUAGUUGGGUUUCCACCAUCAAUUUAGCAUUAAAUAUUUUUUAUUUAAAAACUA